AUGGUUACACUUGCAAAUGCUUUGCUGGAUAUGUUGACGUCUCAACUAACGCAAAUCUCCAACCUGGACGAGUUUGCACACUUAGCACUCCCUGUCCAAGCAACCGAUUUGGUGCUGAGAUUCCUCAACGAAUUCACAGAACUUUUCGAUAUUGCUCCUGACAAGACUCGUGUAUCCGUAGUACAGUACUCUGAUCAAAUCAGGCCAUUAAAGGAAUUGAGUGAGUUUCAGUGUCUUCCCCAAUAUUUUCAUUAUCUCGAGCCGUUUAGUUACCUAACCGGACUUACCCGCACCGGUGCCGCUAUCGAACACGUGGCCACAGAGGCUUUUAGCGAACAAAGAGGAGCUCGUCCCAUAUCUGAUCGGGUUGCUAGAGUGUGUAUCGUAAUUACCGAUGGUAGGAGUCAGGUAAGCUCUUUUUCUGCGAUUUGCACACCACGCGCGGUAUUUUACGACAUGUAAGA